UUGCUGAGUUGGAAGGGAACCCCAGUGGUCAUCCAGCCCAACCCGCUGCAAUGCAGGAAAACCCAACUCCCCGUUCAUCUUUGCAGCUUUCAGGUCCCACCGGAUAUUCCACCUCGCUCCACCUCCAUUGACAUGGACCCUCCUCCCGAACCCAGCGUGGCCAAAGAGUACGAAGAUCUCCAAAGCCUGGAUGUGCCAGGAGAAAGAGGGCAGCACUUCGGGAGAGCGCUGCCUCCGUUCCAGUCGCCCUGGCGCCGGAUCUGCCCCACCAACCGCCUCGUCUUGGUCCUGAUGGGAUUCUGCUUUGUCCUGACUCUCUCGGUGGCUCUGCUUGGCGUCCAGAGGGCUCGUUUCAGCGGAGAUCAAGGGGCGGCGAAGGAGGCUCUCAAGAGUUUGAACCUGACGGUGAAAGCAGGGCUCAGCAGCAUCCAAGAGAAGAGGAACAGCACCAGAACGAAACUGGCCGCGCUGGAGAAAACGAUGAACGACCAGGUUUCGAAGAUGGAGAAAGUCAAGAAGCAAGUCGAAGGCCAGUUGGACACCUUAAAGCAAGACUCGAGAGCUUUCCGCUGUGAGCUAGUCGAGAUGAGAAGCAAUGGGAGCAAAACCGGGUGCUGCCGAAAAGGUUGGAAGAACUUUGAGGAGAGCUGCUAUUGGAUGUCUCAGGACACGGCUUCUUGGAACCAGGCCAAGCUGGACUGCGAAAAGAAAGAGGCUCACCUGGUGAUCAUCAACUCGCCGCAAGAGAAAAGAUUCGUGAGUCAGCGCUGGAGGUCCGUUGACAUAUGGAUCGGCCUGACGGACGUCACGGGAGUCUGGAAGUGGGUGGACGGGACUUCUUACAUGCUCCAGCAAGAGGACUGGGCUGAAGGGCAGCCGGACCACUGGUACGGCCACGGACUGGGAGGCGGAGAGGACUGUGUCCAGGCUUAUUCCAACGGCCUUUGGAACGACAACCACUGCUCUCGCCGGUUCUCUUGGAUGUGUGAGAUGGAGCUGGGCCUCUAGAGGAAACAGGAAGGAAGUUGGUACCUUUAUGCACAUGUGGUGGUACUGCACCAAGAUAAGAGAAUUUUGGGACAUAAUAUACAAGGAACUCAAAAAGAUCUUCAAAUUCUCGUUUCGAAAAACAACAACCCUGAAGCCUUUUUGUUAGGUAUUAUAUCCACCGAUCUACAAAAAACCCCACAGAACCCUCUUUAUGUACGCAGCCACAGCGGCGAGGAUUUUAAUAGCAAAAAAUUGGAAAGGCGAUGCCAUCCCCGCAAAAACUGAUUGGCAAGCAAAGACGAUGGAAUAUUUGGAACUUGCAAGGAUGACUGGGAGAAUAAGAGGAAAUUCCGGCCGGAAAUUUAGUAAAGAUUGGAUAACGUUUAAAGAAUAUCUUUAAAAGUACUGUAAUUACACAAAUCUCCUGACAGAUUAGGACUGGAGAUUAGGAUGGGAGUUUAAGGAAAUUAUAAAGUGAAAAUUUCUACUGAUAAUUAAUGGGAAAGAAUAAUAAAAAUGAAGUUGCCUAUAGACUAGUAAGGUAUAAAAAACACUGGUCCUGUUAGCUAGGGAUGAUGGGAGUUGUAGUCCCAAACAUCUGGAGGGCCGGAGUUUGCCUAGGCCUCCCUUACACGACCACCACAUAUGAUAAAAGGUACAUUCCUUUUUCUUUACAUUUGAUUUAUUUAUGCUUCCAUGCCGCAACCAACCGCUUUUUCCUCCUUUAAGUUCCUCCUUGACGGACACCUUGUCCGGGAAAAGCCUUUGAUUGAUCACCCUACUAGUCCUCAUUGUAACUGAAGAUGGAGAAGUCAUGGUUGGCUUUUAUACGGCUUAGGACCCAUGUACCUACGGGACCUGGUAUGUCCCACGGAGGACCUUACGGUCUUCAAAUAAAAACAUCUUGGAGGUCCCAGGCCACAGGGAGGUUAGGCUGGCCUCAACCAGAGCCAGGGCUUUUUCAGCUGUGGCCCCGAUCUGGUGGAACGCUCUGUCCCAAGAGACUAGGGCCCUGCGGGACUUGACAUCUUUCCGCAGGGCCUGCAAGACGGAGCUGUUCCACCAGGCCUUUGGCCAAGGCACAGCCUGACCCCCUCCUUUGGCAAUCCUCACAGAACUCUAGCCCAAUGAUUGCCAUCAAUUUGAUUCUGAAUUGAUUUUAGAAUGAAUUGAUUUUAGAAUGUAUUUCAAUUAAUUGAUUGUGAUUUUAUGUAAACUGUGUUACUUUUAUUGUUGUUAGCUGCUCUGAGCCCGGCUUCGGCUGGGGAGGGGGGGAUAUAAAUAAAACUUUAUUAUUAGUAUUAGUAUUAUUUAUACCCCGCCCUCCCCAGCCAAGACCAGGCUCAGGGCGGCUAACACCAGCUAUAAAAACAAUUGAUUAAAAUACAACUUAAAAACAAGAUUAAAAAACAACAUUAGAAUGCAGCCUCAUUUCAGUAGAAACACAAAUCAAAUCAUAUAAAGUGCCUGGAAGUUCUAGUUCUUGUCGAAAUCUCAAAUUACAUGUAAUUCCCCCCACAUUUUCGCCCUGCUCCGGAAUGAGUUGUGUUAAAAUUGUUAUUUCUUUUUUUACUGAGUUGCAGUUACUGCCAAGAUCAUAUGCAAAACCAAUUCUUUUGACAAAAUUUCGCGUCGUCGAAAAUACCCAUUACCGUAAUUUUGUACCGUGAGCGAUUGCUUCUUUAGCGAGAUUUGCCGUUUCUGCUAGAAUUAAAUUGGACCUGGCCGCCAUUGGCCGCCUGCAUUUCCUGGUCCGCUAUUGGCCGAGGGGCUUGCGCGUGUCAGGGAAUGUUCAUGGGCUUUCCGACUGGGGAAGGUUCACACAAGACCAAUGCGAUCCUGUGCAUUCACCAUUAGGCAGAGACCUGACUUUCCCUCAUCCCUUUUAAUACAUAAAACAGAAAAUAUAUCUCGUUGUGAAGACAGAAUAACUGAGAUGAGGCAGGUCUGAGGCCCCGGCCCCAAGGGCAGAAAAUCUGCAAGUUAUGAACCUAAAUAAAUGCUUUUUUUAUAUCUUACCACCAAGUUCUGUUUGAUUUUAUGCAAUAGAUUAAUGAAAAUAAACAAACCUAUGGUUAUACAGGAAAUCAACUGUAUCUUUUACGAAAACAAAUAAAGCAUGAUGCGAUUAUCUUCCAAAAGGAA